AUGUCCAACUCCUCUCUGGUGCAUUACACUACCGUCACCCGCGACAUCGACGCGCCCAUCGGCCAAGUCUGGGGCCUCGUGGCCGGCUUCGGCGCCGAAAAGGCAUGGUAUCCCGGCGCCCAGUCUGUCUCUCUGGAAGGCUUUGGACUCGGCAGCAUCCGCACCUUCAACUAUGUCUACCCCGCCGGCAAAAACCAGGGCCAGCAAUACACCUUCUCCGAGGAGCUGACCGCGUACGACGCCGGCAAGCACUCGAUGACUUUCCAAGUCCGAAGGCCCGAUUACCCCGACAUGACUGCCUUUGGAACAACUGUCUUGGACUCACUCGGGCCUAACAAGACCCGUUUCCGCUGGAUUGCAGAGGGCUCGCCCUUGCCGGAUGGGUUUCUGGCGGUUUUGCGCGAGGAUCUCAACGAACGGUUCGAUGGGCUUAUUGUUGCCAUUGCCAAUCAGCUAGUCUAGGUGGUCAGAUUGAUGUUCGAGAAGGGAGGGUGGAGCUAGAUCUUUUUACAUCGAUUCAGGGGAUGCUAUAUCCGUAUGUAGGAUAAUUUGUAUCUCCGACAGUAACUGUUCAGCUCGUAAGUGCAUCUGCUCAAAACGAACGUGGUUUUGUUUAUAUUUAGUAUGUGUUUUGGUUAGAACCCCAUUGCUGGUGUGUUAGAGGGUUAUCCUGAAAGUAAUGGAUAUCUGAAAUUGCAGGUUUCAAUGCAG